UUUCUCAGCUCCACUACCAUCUACCUCUGUAUUUCUUGUCCUCUGCAUUAAGAACAGUGUGAAUAUGGCAGUGUGGCUCCAGGCUGGUGCUUUGCUGUUCCUGUUGGCUGUCUCUGGUGUCAAUGCAAAUGGAGGGGCCCCGCAGCAUCUGUGUGGAUCUCAUCUGGUUGAUGCGCUCUACCUGGUCUGUGGUCCAACAGGCUUCUUUUAUAACCCCAAGAGAGAUGCUGACCCCCUCAUCGGUUUCCUUCCUCCUAAAUCUGGCCAGGAAAAUGAGGUGGCUGACUUCGCAUUUAAAGAUCAUGCUGAGCUGAUAAGGAAGAGAGGCAUUGUAGAGCAGUGUUGCCACAAACCCUGCAGCAUCUUUGAACUGCAGAAUUACUGCAAUUAAAGAACCUGCACAUUUCUAAUGACACCACCUGUUUGCAGACAGGUAUCAGCCUUCUCUUUGUGUUUUUCAAAGAAAAUAAAAUCUCAA